GAAUACUGACAUGUCAGCAAGCAGUCUUCUUGUGGAGAAGCUGCUGUGUGAUGGCGCCUCGUGGCGGCCAAAAGACCAGCUCAUGGACUGAGCCGGACCGUUCCAUCAAGAGAAUCUCGGAUGAAGGAGGCGAGAGGCGCGUUAGACCUUUGAGCACAGCACUGAGCAAGCCGAGACGAGGAACGGUCCAGGACGAACCACCUGCAUCACCGGCUUCGCAGAAGAGAACAGAAUCGCCCUCGCCUCGAAAGACGCGACGUCAACCCAUUAAGCCAACUGACAAAGAUAAACCGAAAUCCGGCGGUAGACCCAUCACUUCUUUCUUCAACGCUGCUACUCAGAAGCAGCAAGGAUCGCAAUACCUAGCGAGCCCAGACAAACUUGCGGCGUUCCAUGAUGAGAUUGAAGUAAUCGAAGAUGACAUUGAUGAAGACGAGGUCAAUGGAGAGUCAUCCCAAACUACUCUUUCUCGAGGGUCGAGUACUGCGCUUGCUGCGCGGAAGCGCAAAUUUGGGGGAGUCGCUACCCUUGAGAAACCGCCACCGCUCUCUCAACACGCUUCUCAGAAAUUCCGAAAGGCCUUGAAUGGAGACAGAGCUCCUUCCUUGAUUAAGGCUCCAAGUGACCAGCUUCCAUGGACCGAACGCUUCGCACCCAGCGAUCUAUCAGAGUUGGCCGUGCACAAGCGCAAAGUAGCUGAUGUACGAGCAUGGCUAGACUCGUUCUACCAAGGAAGACGCCAGAGCGUUCUUGUAUUGAAAGGUGCUGCUGGUACUGGGAAGACCACAACUGUACGCUUGUUGUGCAAAGACAUUGGCGUAGAACUUAUCGAAUGGAAACCCCGCGCGGCAUUCGAGACUGGAGCUGACAGCUUUGCCAGUUCUGCGACAGAGUUCGCGGAGUUCGUAGCUCGAGCAGGCAAGGUGCGAGGACUUGCUUUGAGCAAUGGCACCUCCACAGACACAGAAGCAGGCGUGGAACCACUACAACCGCAAGACAGCACUUCGAACACACAUCGGCAAGCUCUCCUGGUUGAAGAAUUUCCGAAUACAUUCUCAAAGACCUCCAGCACACUGCAGUCAUUUCGAACGGCACUCGCCCAAUAUGUAAUGUCGACAGUACCAGCAGAUACUCUCCCAAUUCCGAUCAUCAUGGUCAUAUCUGAGACUCUUUUGUCAACAACCACGGCGAGCGCGGACAGCUUUACAGCGCAUAGGUUGAUGGGACCAGAGCUUGUCACAAAUUCGCACAUCAACACGAUUGAAUUCAAUGCCAUUGCGCCUACAUUCAUGACCAAGGCGCUAGAGCUCAUCGUUGUCAAAGAGGCUCGCAAGUCUGGAAGAAGGAAAACGCCAGGUGUUGAGAUCCUCAAACGCCUAUCUGAAUCUGGUGACAUUCGCAGUGCAGUAACGUCUUUGGAGUUCCUCUGCGUUCGCGGCGAUGAAGGAGAUUGGUCGUCGAAGGUGGCUUUCACGAAACCCAAGAAGUCCAAAGCGGUGCUUCCUGCUACGGCAGCCGAGCAAGAAGCGUUGAAGCUCAUCAGCAACAGAGAGAGCAGCCUGGGCUUGUUUCACUCAGUAGGCAAGGUCGUCUACAACAAGCGCAUUGAAUCCUUGCAACCAUCAUCUAUUCCUCAACCGCCGCCCUGGCUUUCCCAAUUCAAUCGACUGAAAGUCACCGAGACCGACCCGAAUGCUCUCAUCGACGAGCUCGGCACCGACACGUCCACUUUUCUUGCCGCACUGCAUGAGAACUACGCCUUGUCGUGCGCCGGACCUACCGCGGAACAGAGAUUGGAUAGCUUGCUUGGUUGCAUGGAGAAUCUAUCGGAUUCUGAUUUGCUUUCACUGGAUCGGUUCUCGAUGGGCACGCGAGCCUUCUCUGGCUCAUCGAUAGACACAUUGCGACAGGAUGAGAUGUGCUUCCAAGUUGCUGUACGAGGCUUACUGUUUAGUCUCCCAUACCCGGUACACCGCAGUGAGGCUGGAGCCGGGAAACGCGGCGAUGCGCAUCGAAUGUUCUAUCCUGCAUCUUUGAGACUGUGGCGAAAAAGAGAAGAAAUCGAGACAGCGCUCGAUGCGGUGAUCGACAAGGUCAUUCAGGGAACUACCAUUUCCGGCGUCAAUCCAGACUCUGGUACCGGCGUGGAGAAAUGGAAACGGGGCAACAGUCUUGAGCAAUCUUCGAAACAAGGCGACAUGUCGGGCACUCACGAAGAAGCUCCCAAACUGAGUGCUCAAGCAAAAGUUGAAGUACUGCUGGAACGUCUUCCCUACAUGACACACAUUCUGGAUUCUGCAAAGAGCUCUAGUCGCCAGCACGAACUUCAAGAUCAAAUCAGAACCAUCACCAGAAUGGAUGGUGUUCAUCUUCCUGAUGAUGAGGAAGAAGCAGAUCUGGACUCAGGCGAGGCAGACAUAGGUGCGGAACAAUGGUCGACAGAUCGACCAGAUACCGAAGUCAAAGCAUCUACCACUUCCACGCCUAGGAAAGCUCGCACGGCACGGCAACCGUCCAUGAUGUUUCAAGGAAUGAACUCGCCAGUGGAAAAGCGUGUGCAAAGCUUGAUCCUGGAGGAGGAUGAUAUCGAAGAUUGAGGAGUGUACUCUUGUCGACAACAUGCUGUUUUCUGUACAACUCGUGGGCACUGAAAUAUGUAAUAUUAUUCCUGUAUAGCACUAGCGAGAAGGCGUUCCUGGGCAAGUGGAGCAAUGUUAAGUGCAGAGCAAAUAGACUCAAUCGAAAUGAGGCGACAAGUCUUCCAAAC